AUGACUGUCGGAUGUUGUUCUGCUGCUGCUGCUGCUGCUGUUUGUUUGAAUAGACUUUUGCUACUGAAAUUAAUUCAGAAUUUUUUUCUCCUUGUGUUGCUUGUUUGGGAUAAAAUUUUAUGUGUUGCUGGUGAUUAUGGGAAUGAAAACCUAAGUCAAGUGAAGAAGUUGGCAGUUUUUGACAAUGAAACAGACAUGAUCCGACUUGUAAUUCUUUAA